GUAAAGCUUGCAGACCGUUCCUUACUCCCUGGAGAUGUAGUAAAGCAUGCAGACCCCAAUAAAUCUAAACAGAAGGGAUAUAUUAGUGAUGUGGAAGUUGUGGCGAGCGUUAAAGUACUGGCAGCAAAUCAAGUGGUGACAAAUGUGAACUGUCGUGAACUUGAGCCAUUACAGGAGUUAUUACCAGGAGUUCAUGUCACCCUCGGACCAUGGUUAGGGUUUGUUAAAGAAGCAAACCAGAGAGUUACGCUGAAGAUGAAAAAUGGUUCAAGAUGUUGCAUAGAGGAUGAGCAGACUGAAAUGUUAUAUGACAUGUCAGAUCAAAGAGAUGAGGAUUCGCCAUUUUAUUCAGAGGCUUUCUACCCUGGUCAAGUCGUUGCCGGCCCAUCUAAAGUAUUUAAGGAAGCAAAAUGGUUAUCCGGCGCUAAGCCUAUCAUUCACAGUCAGCAACAAAUGAGAGGAACAGUAGAGGAAGUGAAGGUCGUCUCUUGUGAACUCAACUGGCAGAUUUGCGGUGCUUGCCCUGGAGAAGAGUUUGGGGUCUUGAUCCAACCAGACGCUACUGUGAAUGAAGAUCAGCUAUCCAGGCUCAAAGUGGUCAACCAUUAUCGCCAUGCCAGCAUUCAAAUCGGCGAUAAAGCAUUCUACACCGUAAAAGCCAAGGACCUUGAAAUGACUGCCAAUAGUCAAGAAGGAAAGCCUUCCUCUCUUGCCCCCCUCCCCAAUGGACAACGAGCAGACGCUGGGCAGGUAGGGAACAGUUUGUCUCCCUUAUCAGACCAUGUCCCUGAAGAAGAAGUCUCGUGGCAUGAAGAAAAUAAAAAAUCCCACCACCAAGGAGUUGUUUCCGAUUCCACCGAUGCUGAUGACGAUGGAGACGGCGGUGAGCACACGGGACAUAAAUCCAAAGGUGCUCACUCACAGGGCCCUAAACACGACUCCUCUACGGGGGCACCCUCUAUGAGGUUCCCAGUGAAGCGAAGGCGUAAGCGGGCGAAGCGAAAACGCAAACCAUUGCCUCACAUGGAGGUGAACGUGGGAGAUAAGGUUUGUGUAGAGAUUACAUCUACUUGUACCACUGUUGACGUCAUAUGGCAGGACAGAUCCAAAAACACAAGGAUCCCAUCAACUGAUCUUACACCAGUAUUUCAUCUGGACGAGCAUGAGUUCUUUCCUGGGGACUAUGUCAACGACAAACGAGUGACAGCCGAUGCGACUGUAUAUGGAACAGUCCUGACCACAAACUGCGCCUCACGCACGUGUGACGUCAAGUGGUUCACCCGAGAAGGCACCGAACUCUCUAUCGAACGUGACGUCAGUGUCUACGACAUCGCCGAGCACACGGACUUUGUGUUUAAUUCGGGGGAUAUUGUGGUUCGCAUGGUCCCCCCUGACUAUUGUACGUCCCCCCUGGCUGCAGCCCCAACGCCUUCGACACCAUGUGUUGGUCAGGUGAUGAAUGUAGACGAGCAUGGAAACGUGUUUAUUCGGUGGGUGGAUGAAACAGAGGCGCACGUGAUACCACAAGAACUUUACAAAGUUGACACCGAGGACGAUGAUCAAUCGGUUGAAUACGGAGAUGACUCACAAAACAACAGCGAGGACGAAUGGGAAACUGCUAGUGACGUCAGCAGUGACGAGGCAUCACCUGACCAUGAUGACGUCAUCAUAGAUAACUCAUCUCCGCAGGUUGAUGGAGAAGGAAGAGGAGAAGAGAAUGACACAGAAAAUAAGGAAGCAGUUGAUUUGAAUGCAUUAAACGAGAUUUUGUCCAAUAGGAAUCCAGCCUUCAUGAUUCUUGGUGCUGUCCCAGAAGACCAUAUUUUCAAGAGUACUAUUUUCGACCCUGGUAACCGCCGCAAAAUCAUGUCGGUGAUUCAAAGAGAACUUAGUCUUCUGCAUAGUUCUCUGCCAUCUGGUAUAUUAGUGAGAAGCUUUGAAGAUAGAGUGGAUCUUUACCGUGUCAUGAUCACUGGUCCACCGGGGACCCCAUAUGAACACGGCCUCUUCCUAUUCGAUGUGAAGCUACCACAAGACUACUCCAGCUCGCCACCGGUUUUCCACUAUAUCUCCAUGUGCUCCGGUCGCCUCAAUCCUAACCUUUACGAAGAUGGCAAAGUCUGUGUGAGUCUACUUGGCACAUGGACGGGCAAGGGGAGCGAGGUCUGGACACCGAAGUCAAGUGUUUUACAAGUCCUUAUUUCAAUACAAGGUCUUAUCUUGUGUAGCGAGCCAUAUUACAACGAAGCAGGGUACGAAAAGCAGCGAGGGAGUCACGAAGGACUCGAAAACAGCAGGUUGUACAACGAAAUGGUCAUCCUAAAAGUUAUUCAUUCCAUGGCGACCAUGAUAGCGAGACCUCCGUCGGGAUUUGAGACUGAGAUUCGACAACACUUCGUUGAGAAUAUUCCCAAGUUGCUGCAAAAACUCAACUUCUGGCUUGAACACAACAAAAUACUCACAGCAGCCGAAGAUUCAUGCAAUGAUGUCCUUGACAACGAAGCUACCGCGACACAGGAAGACCGUAAGGAAGUAAAAGAUGAAAAGAAACUAGAAGAACAGAAACCAAAGGAAGACCAAUCUACUACAAAAUUACCACAGGAAGACCAAUGCCCAGCAAAUAUACCACACGAAGAGGAAAAUGGAUUAGUAGAAGAAAGCGCUGAAGAGAACCGAACGGGAACAGUAGAGAAGCCAGAGGGAGAGAGCUGUCAAAGUUCCGCAUCAAGCCGGACAUCCCAACUACAGGAAGCCCAUAAAUCCUCAAACGACCCACUCAAAUUAUCCGAUUUUCCCCUUUUCCCGCUUUCAAAAGGCUUUCGUAAAAGUCUCGAAGGUUGUUUGCGGCAGCUCAAAAUUGCUACGGAAGCUCAGAAUUUACGGGCGUGUACUUCAAUAGAAAAAGUGCUGAAUAAUCUUUAGAAACAGUAUUUGAAAAUAUUAUUCCCUGCUUAAGAGAAAAAAUGUGUAAAGAAUGAACGAUAUUUAAUGAAUAUAGAUUACUUGAUUCUGAAAAUUUUAAAUCGAUCAGUGAGAUACCUAUGCCAUAACGGUGAGUUAGCCGCGGCCUGACUUAGAUCAGCACAGAGAUUGAUUCAGGGUUCCAUCUGUGAGUUAGCCAUGCCCUGACUUAUAGAUCAGC